CAGCAAUCAGACGAGUUACCUAGCCUCAGGCGCAGCUAGUCAUAGCUUUCUUUCUUUCUAGGCAGCACACCUCUCUUCCUCUCCAACGCUUGUUGCUCCCCUCGCUUCCAAUCCAGCCUACACUCAAACUUCCACACGCCGGGAGAGAAAGAGAGCCAUGCACAGCUACAGAGCCAUGCACCCCCACCCGCACCCGUACCACACCGCCCCUGCCCCUCCGCCCAAGAUGGCCAGUGGUGGCCAUGGCGGCGGCACCGAGGAUGACGACCAGUCCAUGCUCCUCCUCUCCCUCUGGCCGCCUGGCCACCACCAUGACGUGGCGGCCUCCUCCUCGGCGUGCUCCUCCCACUCCGUGGCCACGGCCGCGCACUCCACCGCGUCUUCGCCCUGGUUCAACCCAAGCCAUGUCUACCAUGGCUGUGGCGUUGGAGGCGGCGGCGGCAGCAGCGGCAGCUUCUUGUUCCACGAGCAGGACCCUAACGUGAGCGUGUCGCUCUCCAUCGCCCCUCCGUCUCCGUGCGGCGCCAAUCUGGCUCCCUGCGGCGGGAGCUUCGCCGCGCCGGUCGCGCCGCCCUCGGCCGCCACGGCGGGCGGGAUCGGGAACCAGGUGCCCAGCCAGUACUGGAUCCCCUCCGCCGCCGAGAUCCUCGUCGGCUCCACCCAGUUCUCCUGCGCAGUCUGCAACAAGACCUUCAACCGCUUCAACAACAUGCAGAUGCAUAUGUGGGGGCACGGGUCGCAGUACCGCAAGGGGUCGGAGUCGCUGCGGGGGGCCGUGACGGUGGGCACGACGGCGCCGCCGCCGUCGCUGAUGCGGCUGCCGUGCUACUGCUGCGCGGAGGGGUGCCGGAACAACAUCGACCACCCGCGGGCGCGGCCGCUCAAGGACUUCCGCACGCUGCAGACGCACUACCGCCGUAAGCACGGCGCGCGGCCCUACGCGUGCCGCCGAUGCGGCAAGCGCUUCGCCGUGCGCGGCGACUGGCGCACCCACGAGAAGAACUGCGGCAAGCUGUGGUUCUGCGUCUGCGGCUCCGACUUCAAGCACAAGCGCUCCCUCAAGGACCACGUCCGCUCCUUCGGAGGCGGCCACGCGCCGCACAUCAUCGAGUCCGUGGCCGUCGACGAGGACGAGGACGAGGACGAUGAGCAUGACGACGGCGACCUGCACCUGUACGACGAGAACGGCAACGCCGGCGACGGCAGCGACAUGGUCUUGCUCUAGACAGCUACUCCUCAUUAGCUUUAUUGCCUCUACCAUGUCUUUAGUUAUUACUAGUCGAUCCACUACGUGGUACGUAGCUUCUAGGUUUAGUUCGCAUUGCUUCCCAACUGCAUUAUCAUUAGUACGUCCAGAGUGCUUGCAUGGCGAGGUGUUACAGCCCUAGUGCAAGUUUAAUUAACUACAAGUGUGCGUCUGUGUGUCUGUCCCAUGGAAGAAGUGUCGUAGUACGUACGGUCAGAGUCAUGCCGAUCGACCGGGAUGUGUAGUGUACUGUGUCAUGGUCACUUCAUGUAUUUGUCGUCUGGUCUUUAUCUGCGUCUAAAGCUCUACCACUGUUUCAUGGUGUC